AUGGCAGUAAAUGUAUACUCUACAAACGUAACUACUGAAAAUUUAAGCAGGCAUGAUAUGCUAAAUUGGGUUAAUGAUUGUUUGCAAGCUAAUCUUGGAAAAAUAGAGGAACUAUGUACUGGUGCAGCUUAUUGCCAGUAUAUGGAUAUGUUGUUUCCAGGUUCCAUUAUAGUAAAAAGAAUUAAAUUUAGGACAAAUUUGGAGCAUGAAUAUAUUCAAAACUUCAAACUUUUACAAGCUGCAUUUAAAAAAGUUGGCGUUGAUAAGAUAGUACCAAUUGAUAAGCUGAUCAAAGGAAGGUUUCAAGACAAUUUUGAAUUUCUGCAAUGGUUUAAAAAGUUUUUUGAUGCUAACUAUUCUGGUCAGCAAUACUGUGCUCUCACUGCUAGAGGAGGGGAAAAAUUAGGGAAUGCUUCCGGAAGUAAUCUGAAACCUCGUUUGAGUAUUCCUAUGGCAAAAAGUCUGUCAGUUCCUGCUGUGAAGGUUUAUCCUUUAAAACAUACUGAAUCUGCAUUUCCAAGUUCAACUAUUAAAUCAAGUAAUUCAAAGCCUGUUUCUAAAGGAAGCAGCAGGACCAAUUUAGCUACAGGAACUCCAAACCAGGGCUCAAAUACUGCUACAGCUAAUGCUACUCGUUAUCCAAGCGAUGUUCAGAAAGUUGUUGAUGACUUAAGUCAACAACUUUCCAAUACAAAAAUAACAGUUGAUGGUCUUGAAAAAGAGCGAGAUUUUUAUUUUGGUAAACUGAGAGAUAUUGAACUAGUAUGUCAAGAACACCAAGGAGAUGAAGAACUGGUUCAAAAAAUUCUAGAUAUAUUAUAUGCUACAGAGGAUGGUUUUGCAGCCCCUGAGGACUUAUCUGAGGGCCAGUUUCAAGAUGAAGAGGAAUAUUGA